AUGGCUGAUAGAUACUCAUUUUCAUUAACUACUUUCUCACCUAGUGGUAAAUUAGUACAAAUAGAGUAUGCAUUAAAUGCAGUAAAACAGGGAGUAACAACAAUUGGUAUAAAAUGUGAUAAUGGAGUAGUAUUAGCAACAGAAAGAAAAUCAAACUCGGUACUUCAGAUACCAGAUGUAAAUAAUAAAGUAGAAUAUAUUACACCAAAUAUUGGAAUGACAUAUAGUGGAAUGGGACCAGAUUUUAGAGUAUUAGUUGAUAAAGCAAGGAAAUUAGCACAAACAAAUUAUAAAUUAAUAUAUAAUGAAUAUCCACCAGUAAGAAUAAUGGUUCAAGAAAUUGCAAAAGUAAUGCAGGAAAGUACACAAUCUGGAGGUAUAAGACCUUUUGGAGUAUCAUUAUUAGUUGGUGGGUAUGAUGAAUAUUCAGAAAAAUUUCAAUUAUAUCAAGUUGAUCCAAGUGGGUCAUAUUUUCCUUGGAAAGCAACUGCAAUAGGUAAAACUUCAAAUAGUGCUAAAACUUUUUUGGAAAAAAGAUGGAAUGAAAAUUUACAAUUAGAAGAUGCUAUACAUGUUUCUUUAUUGGCUUUAAAAGAAAGUGUUGAUGGUGAAUUAAUUGGUGAAAAUUUAGAUAUUGCAGUAAUAAGUGAUCCUCAACAACAAUUAUUAGGUUUUACUGGUACAAAUAUUGAAGGUCCAAGAUUUAAAAAAUUAAGUGCAGAAGAAAUUAAUGAUAUAUUAGAUAGUUUAUAA